AGUAGGGCGCGUGCCUCGCCGCGGGGAGGGGGCGGCCGGCGGGCCGCGUCCUGCCCGGCGCCGGAGCUGGACCUGAGCGACCGACGCCCCGCCGACACAGGCUUGGGCUCCUGCCUCCGCUGCUGCCGUGCUGCCACCCCCACCAGGGGCUUUCUCUAGCUGGGGCCAGUGGGGGCUACUCUUCCGUGUGGUGGGCAGACUCCAGGCGCAUGGGCUUCAGUAGUUGUGGCACGUGGGCUCAGUAGUUGUGGCACGUGGGCUCAGUAGUUGUGGCACGUGGGCUCAGUAGUCGUGGUGCACAGGCUUAGUUGCCCAAUGUCGUGUGGGAUCUUCCUGGACCAGGGCUCAAACCCGUCCUCUGCAUUGGCAGGUGGAUUUUUAACCACUGGGCCACCAGGGAAGUCCUAAAAUAAUUAAUGUACUUGUGCUUUGUUGGCAAAAUGGGAUUCUAACCAAAAUUGUAUGGGGGUGGGGGGUGGGCACUAAUUCAUUUCUUCUCUGGUUGUAUAAAAUAAUCUGUAGCUGUUAAAAACCAAUUUUGUUCCAUUGCAUUUCUUUUUAAAUUAAGGUUUGAGUGUAUAGCAGUGGUUCCCACAUUUUUCCUAUUACCAGUUUUUUCUUAUCAUUGUCAGAAACACGUUGUGUCUAAACAGUGCCUGAAUUUCUCUUACCCACCUGGACCUUCAAUCGUUGUUUCUUAAUUUGCGGAAGUUUUCACUGUCAUUUUGCUUAUUUCUGGGCAAGAACAUUCCCUUAGCCAUACAGCCUCAUCCCUAGCUCUGGGUAACCUACUCCAGAAAUAUGCCUUUAGAAGAAAAAAUACCAUCAGGUGAUGGGGUGGGAGAAUGACUUCUUUAAGAAGUGAGUGGUCUCAGUAUCGGCCUUUCAAUGCCUGCAGUGACCAGACUGUGUUCAAUUCAAUCCAACGCUUGAGGGUUGUAGGAUUUAGAGGAAGAAUGUGGGUUUGAGGCCAGAAAUGCAGCUCCUGUGUGUACAGUUUAGUCACCUUGGAUAAGUCACUUCACUCUGACUCAGUUCUCUUAUUUUAAGUAACAAUUAUAUCUACCUCACAGAAUCGCUGUGAGAUUGACACUGUAAACAGUUGUAUUUCUGGAUGAGUGUCUUUCUGAGAAAGGAUUCAGAACUGGGUGUGAACAGUUGGGGUCUUUGGAAGGCUGUUGAGGUGUGCGACUGUCGAGUUGACAGGAAGUGCGUUAAAGGGCUGCUGGGUCACAGUGAGGGUCCAGCGCAGAUUAGAAAACGUGAAUGUCUAGAGUCUUACAGAACUGUGUGCUGAGCUUGGCAGCCUUGGACGUGAAGAAAGUGGUGUCCCUCCAAAAGAAAAAAAAGUAAGCUUCAAGCUUCAGACCUUAUCAGAUCUGAAUCUACCCCUGGUGGUGCGAGGUAGGAUCUGGGAAAGAUUAGGGGCAAGGAGGGUUUGGGCUGGUGAACUCACUGGAGGAGGUGGUGCAUGAGAGCGUCAGGGCACAGGUACCAUGAAGAGAUGGAGAGCAGACUCGGCGGGAGUGAGCAUGGGAGGAGGAAGCAGCAUCUUAGGCCACGAAGACGAGACGUGUGAGUGAUCAGGCACCCGAUGCAUUUCUCCUGAGUCCCUGCUGCACGCCAGCCACCGGGGAUACAUGGCUACACACGUCAGGCAGGCGGUCCUCUGGGACCUCACAACUGAGGAGGAAGGAACAAGGCAUCCCAGAAGGGGCCCUUCAGGGACUGAAGAGAACUCAGGGGCUGGAGUGUGGGGUGCAGGGAGGGGUCUGGAGAGGGGCACAGAGGCUGGAUCUUGGUGGGGGUUAUCAGAGUUUGGACUUUAUCCCGAGGGCGGAGAGGGACUGUCAACUGUUUUUCAAGUAAGGAGUGAUCAAAUUUGUGCUUCAGAAAGACCCUGUAUAAACCAGAGAGGGCCUCUUCCACACGUGCACAGGAACUGUAUGCAAACCUGUUUCACCAGCUGUGGUAUAGUCAAUCCAGAGGAGCAAAUUAGAGUUUCAUGUAUCUGCUUGGAUAAACCUCAAAAACAUAAUACUGGGCUUUUAAAACAGCAAAUUGUUGGACUUCCCUGGUGGUCCAGUGGUUAAGAAUCCGCCUUCCAGUGCAGGGGACGUGGGUUAAUCCCUGGUCAGGGAACAAAGAUCCUACAUGCCGAGGGGCAGCUAAGCCCACACACUCUAGAGCCCGUGCACCACAGCUUGAGAGCCCACACGCUGCAACUACUGACCCCAUGCACUACAACUAGAGAGAAGCCCCCACACCACAAAGACCUGCGUGCCACAACUAAGACCUGAUGCAGCCAAUAAAUAAGUAAGUAAAAACAGAUUGUAAAAGGGUAUCCGGUUGGCACUCCAGGUGUCCCAUUUGCCCAGCACAGGGGGUACUAGCCAUUUCAUGUGAGGGACUUGAGCAUCCACAGACAUUGGUAUUGGGGGCGGGCUGGGGGGUAGUCCUGGAACCAGUCCCUGUGGUUACCGAGGGAUGAACAGUACAACACUGCUUGUAUAAAGCUUGAAAACACACACGUGUUACGUGCUGUUACUUAUGAGCACGUACUCGUGGUGAAAAUGAAAAGCAUGCGUGGAAUAUCAGCCUUCAGCAUGCAACUGAGUCACCCCUGUCAACACGGAUGUCUGGCUCCGCCUCAGAGUUUCUGCUUCAGUAGGUCUGGGGUGAGGCCUCAAGAACUUGCAUUUCUCAGGAGUUCCAGGUGGUGGUGCUGCAGGAAAGAAAAAAGAUCCUGUUCGCUGUGGACAAUGGAUUGGAAAAGAGACAGCAGUGGGAGAGCACGUAGGAAAGUGUUGCAGAAGCCCAGGUCCCCUUCUAAGAAUCAGGAGUUGGUGGAAGAAGCUCAGGAGACUGUGAGGCCUGCGUGGUGAACGUCGCUGUGGUGUCCAGAGGAGAUGUCCAGAGGGAGAGAGGUGGAGGGAAAGAUUGGGGCCUGGAAUCUCGCUGAGGAAGGACAGCAAGUCCCCUGCACACGAACCUUCAGACUUCCAGAGAUGCGGACGUGCGUUCCGUCCACGUCAGGCGUGAGUGACGCUGCAGCUCGCCCUGCGUCUCCUACUGCUGUCGAUCCUUCAGCUCUGCCGUCUCCCACCCCGCCCCCCCCAGUCAGUGACUCUUCCUGCUGUUCACUCAAUGCCAGCCCCCGUGUGCCCGCUGUUGCACGGCACGACCGUACUUUGCAAGUGUGUCAUCAUGUGGACACGUCACAUUCUGUUUGUCCGGGUGGCAGCUGAUGGACACGUGGGCUGCUUCCACCCUUUGGCCGGAGUGAAAAAUGCUGCUGUGAACAUUCGUGUCUGUACGGAGCUUCCUUUUCAGUACUUUGAGGCAGAGUGCUUUCACGCCACUGCGCCAGCCCACCAGAACCCUGACCAACCCAGGCGUGUUGCCAGAGACCUGAGCCGGGAAGGAGGGCCCUCCUGGAAGGAGCUCACAGAGGACAGUGCCAUGGAGACGAGGCCCCAGGAGGGCAGGAGAGGGCCCCCGCCCAGGGACAUGCCCCCGGUGGUGGGGCUGCUGCUCUCCAUGGCCCUCAUGAACGCCCUCCUCUACCUCUGCCUCGACCGGCUCUUCGUCUUGCCCCAGCGCUCCUCGGAGGACCCCGCGCGCUGUCCCCACGGCCACUUCAGGAUGGGGCAGAUGAGCAACUGCUCCCCGUGGCUGUCCUGCGAGCAGCUGAGGACGGAAGUGAGGCAGAUGAAGCGGGUCGGGGAAGGAGCUGUGAAGAGAUCUUGGAAGGUUGUACCUGUAAAUGGACUAAAUGCCCCAACCAAAAGACACAGACUGGCUGAAUGGAUACAAAAACAAGACCCAUGUAUAUGCUGUCUCCAAGAGACUCACUUCAGACCUAGGGACACAUACAGACUGAAAGUGAGGAGAUGGAAAAAGAUAUUCCAUGCAGAUGGAAAUCAAAAAAAAGCUAGAGUAGCAAUACUCAUAUCAGAUAAAAUAGACUUUAAAAUAAAAAAUGUUACAAGAGACAAGAAAGGAUACUACAUAAAGAUCGAGGGAUCAGUCCAAGAAGAGGAGGUAACAAUUAUAAAUAUAUACGCACCCAAUAUAGGAGCACCUCAAUAUGUAAGGCAAAUGCUAACCACUGUGAAAGAGGAAAUCGACAGGAACACAAUCAUAGUGGGGGACUUUAACACCCCACUGACACCAAUGGACAGAUCAUCCACACGGAAAAUUAAUAAGGAAACACAAGCUUUAAAUGACACAAUAAAUCAGCUUGAUUUAAUAGAUAUCUACAGGACAUUACAUCCAAAAACAGCAGAUUACACAUUCUUCUCCAGUGCACAUGGAACAUUCUCCAGGAUAGAUCACAUUUUGGGUCAUAAAUCAAGCCUUGGUAAAUUCAAGAAAAUUGAAAUCAUAUCAAGCAUCUUUGCCGACCACAGUGCUAUGAGAUUAGAAAUCAAUUACAGGAAAAAAACUGUAAAAAGCAUAAACACAUGGAGGCUAAACAAUACGCUACUAAAUAACCAAGAGAUCACUGAAGAAAUCAAAGAGGAAAUCAAAAAAUACCUAGAGACAAAGGACAAGGAAAACACAAUGAUCCAAAACCUAUGGGAUGUGGCAAAGGCAGUUCUAAGAGGGAAGUUUAUAACAAUACAGUCCUACCUCAAGAAACAAGAAAAAUCCCAAAUAAACAAUCUAACCUUACACCUAAAGAAACUAGAGAAAGAUGAGCAAACAAAACCCAGAGUUAGUAGACACAGAGAAAUCAUAAAGAUCAGAGCAGAAAUAAAUGAAAUAGAAACAAAGAAAACAAUAGCAAAAAUCAAUAAAACAAAAAGCUGGUUGUUUGAGAAGAUAAAUAAAAUCAAUAAACCUCUAGCAAGACUCAUCAAGAAAAAGAGGGAGAGGACUCAAAUCAAUAAAAUUAGAAAGGAAACAGGAGAAGUUACAACAGACACCGCAGAAAUAAAAAGCACCAUAAGAGACUACUACAAGCAACUAUAUGCCAAUAAAAUGGACAACCUGGAUGAAAUGGACAGAUUCUUAGAAAGGUAUAACCUCCCAAGACUGAAUAAGGAGACUGUUUUCUCUUCUGCAACCUUCUGCCUUCCCUUUGGGGACUCGAGCAGAAGAUCAGCGGUUCUUAUUUCUUAUUGUCUUUUUUUUUUAAAUACCAUUUUAUUUUUCUUUAUUUAUUUGGCUGAGCUACACAGCUUGCAGGUUAUUAGUUCCCUGACCAGGGAUUGAACCCACGGCACUGAAAGAGCAGAGUGCUAACCACUGGACUGCCAGGGAGUCCCCCAGCGGCUCUUCUUUCCCAGCUGGUGGAAAUGGGAGCCUGAGGCCGUGUGGUACAGCUGUUCCACGGCCCGUUGAGGGCUGGGACCACAGGUCCAGCAUGUGUGCCGUUUCAGCUCCUGCCAUUACAGCUGAAGUCACAGAAAAUCCGGACCAUGUAAAAGUGUGUUCCUUACAUAGAGUGGUUCCUAUUUGCGGUUUACUCUGCACCUUUUAAAGUGAAAGGUGGUGGUGGUAUGUGAUGAGCUGGCGGGGCUCACUCCCUACAUGGGAUCUCCCAGCUCUCCACUCACCACCGUCCAGCCCUCUCCCUCCUCCCUCACUUCGUGCUGCACUGCUUUGGCCUGUUUGUCCCCCCCACGUUGGU